GUCCUGGCAUUACCUGAAAUCUCGUAAACCACCUUCUCCCUUACUCUUUGUACUGUGAGACAAGCGAAGAAAGACGGUCCAGUUCUCUCGCGCUCCUCUCUAUCCCUUCGCUAAUUCUAAAAUGAGUUGUGGCCUUUCACGAGAAGUCUUGAAAUGGAUUCUAGGCUUGGACCUGUCAUACGCGGUCAAGAAUCCAAAACGGGACUUCGCCAAUGGUUUCCUAUACGCGGAGAUCUUAUCGCGGUACUACCCCCAGGACAUCGCCAUGCACAGCUUUGAAAACGUGGCCAGUAUGGAGCGCAAGAAGUCCAACUGGGCGCUGCUGGAGAAAGUCAUCAAGCGGAAACGCAUCCCUAUAGACCGCGGCCAGAUUGAGGCGGUGAUUGCGGCCGACGGCGACGCCGCGGUGGAGGUGCUGCAGGCCAUUUUUACCUUCAUUCACAGCCCCUCCUACGAGGCUUCCAAGGCAGGCGGUGGCGGCGGCGGCGGCGGCUCGGACCAGGCGGCGGCGCGGGACCGCGGGUACGACGCCUCCACCAGCGACCAGCCCGACUUCGUGCCGCUGCCGGGGGCGGCGGCUGGCGGCGGGUACGGCGGCAACGGGCAGUACGCGGCGCAGUACGACGCGCAGCAGCAGAUGUACGGGCAGGCGCCAAUGGCCAUGUACUUUGGCGGCGGCGGUGCAGCAGCGGGCGGUGGCUAUGCGGCCCAGGCCCAGCAACAACAACAGCAGCAGCAGGCAGGAGGGUACGGCGCGUAUGGCGGCUACGCAGCACAGGCGGCCCAGCAGCAGCAGCAACCACAACAGCAGCAGCAGCAGCAGCAGCAACAGUAUGGGUAUGGCUAUGCACAACAAGCGCACGUAGGCGGCGCCGGAGGCGGCGCCGGCGGGGGCGGGUAUGCGUCACAGAUAUCGCAGCAGCAAAGAGGGGGCGGGGCGCGAUCUGUGGAGCCUGGGCGGGGGCAAUACGCCGCGCCCGAGGCCGAGUCAUCGCAGCAGGCGACAGCGGGUGGCGGCUAUGCCGCUUCCUACGCCCAUGUGUAUGCGGAGCAGAUUCGGCAGCAGGCCCAGGCGGCGGGCUACAGCCUUGAGCAGCAGCAGCUGGUGUACCAGCAGGCGCUGUAUCAGUACCAGCAGCAGCAACACCAGCAGCAGGCGGCCAUGGCGGGCGGCGCGGGGGCAGGCGGCGCGAGCCAGUCGCCGGAGCGGGAGGGGCUGCCGUACAGCCGCAAGCCACGGCCCGUGGACUUCAAGCCCUACGACCUCAAGGACUUUGAGGACAAGCAGUACAACGUCAAGGCGGGCAAGGGCUACUGGCAGCUGGGCAAGCUGGGACCGGACUUGGAGACCGAGGAGCUGCAGGCAAAGCGCGAGGCGAAGGAGAAGAUCAAGCGCAUGGCGGAGCAGGUGCGGGAAGAGAACGCGCGCAAGGCAGCGGAGGAGGCAGCACGGAGAGCCAACAGCCGGGCCAAGCAACGGCCCGGCGGUGACGGCUACGCAGCGGCGGCAGCGGCCGCGAGCGGGAACGGCGGCGCACCCUCAUCUGCGCCUGCGGCGGCGGCACAGGCCCCCGCGGCGCCAGCUGCUUUUGGUGGCGGUGGCGGCGGCAAGGACAAGGAGCCUAGUGCGCGGGAGCGGGCGCUGCAGUUUGCGCGGAACAUUCCCAAGCCGGAGCCCAAGCCGCAGAAGAAGGCGGCCACUGCUAACGAGGAAUUACCGGCCCCUGUGCUGAGCGAGCUGGAGCAGCUGGAGCGGCAGCAUCAGGAGCGGCAGCAGCAGGUGGACAAGAUCCGGGCGGAGCUGGCGCGCAUCCUGUAGCUGCGUUGGCAGCUGCGGAUUUGCAGGGGUGCUACAGGGAUACGUUGGCAGGCAAGCCGUGGGCCGUGCGACGAUGGUUACACGGUUGAGGAAUGUCAUGCAGCAUGGGGCUAUUGAUUCAAGUGUUAGGACUGAUUAUCUGCACCACGGCGUGUGCAGCUUUGAUGCGAGCAGGCAGGAACGACCGACGCUGUGGGGCCACCAGCAAGUGGGCCACCAGGGUGCAAGCGGGCAUGCAGGCGGCAGUCGCCAGCCAGGCGGAAGGGGUUUGGGAGACCUCUGAAGCUGAAAUGGAUCAUGCUGGACUGGUCGUGGAUGCUGUGCCACGCCGCGCAGUUGGGGAGUCUUGUCACACUUUUGCUCCACACGAGCACCUUGUGCGACUUGCAGUUGUGGAGGGGCUAACCGUGGGGUCAACCCUUGCGCGCUGGCCACUUCACCUGCAAAUUUUUCGGAGCAAGACACGAACAUCCAUUAUAACUCGAAGCGCAUAUCAUGGCAGCGGUGCCACGAGUUCAAGACGCGCCCGCGCUGAAAGUGCCACCACUUUGUCGAUGUUUGACACAGUGCUUGUAAGCUGAGCCCAUGCCCAUGCAAUUGAGCAUGGCAUCGGAUGUUGUGUUUGCGGCCCAGGCUUGAAGAACCUGCUGGUGCUCGUCGUGUGUAAGCAGUCGCGGUAUGCAGCGUCUGUGCACAUGCGGUCUAUCCAUGCAGUCUAUCAAGUACCAACUGUGCCACGCGUGUAACAGAUUAUAGCU